AUGGGGGCGGAGGAGGGGCCAGCGGCGGUGAAGUUGAACGACCUGUCGUUCACAUACCCUGGAAUCGACGGCCAUCCGCCGCGGGGGUCAAAGCCGCUCAUUGAAGGCCUCUCCCUCUCUCUCCAUGCCGGCGACCGCUGCCUCCUGGUCGGCUCCAAUGGCGCCGGUGAGUCCUCGCGGUCUGGUAGACCUGGAAACAAAUGGAAUCUACAUAGAAUCCGGAUCGUUUAGUGGAGAAAGGCUUUUCGAUUCCUUAAUUUCUCGUUCUGAAUGCGAUUGUGAGAUUUGUCAGGGAAGACGACGAUCCUGAAGAUAAUCGGAGGGAAGCACAUGGUAGGGGUCGACAUGGUCCGAGUUCUCGGCCGCUCUGCCUUCCACGACACCACCCUAACGAGUUCCGGCGACCUCUCCUACCUCGGUGGUGAGGUAUUACUUUAAUUCAUCCUUUUUGAAAACAGAUGAUAGAUUACAACGACCUGAUAGCUUCAACUGUUCGUAGAUUUUUCUCUGUUUUUUACAUUAUCCGAUGCUGAUCGUAAAAUUGUGGUGGAAUCGAGAUGCUAGACGGGAGCUAAUGAAUCGUAACCGAUUAACCUGAUAGAGGAUUUUCUUUUCCGGAUGCUCUGAAAGUGGAGGAGGGACGUCGCAUUUGCUGGCUUUGAGGUGCCCAUACAGAUGGAUAUCUCUGCAGAGAAGAUGAUAUUCGGGGUUUCAGGCGUCGAUCCUCAACGCAGAGAUGAACUCGUGAAGGUAAUGAUCCCAUCCCUCUUAUCUUCCUCUCUCGACGAAUUGGAUUCACCGCUAAUAAUUUGGAUCGUAGAGGACAAAAAAAAAACGCUCCUACAAUUGUCUGUGAUAAUCAUCUGAGAAAGCAAAUAAUCGCAGUGAUCUGUACUAUCAAUGGCUUCAGGUUCUCGACAUCGACCUGUCAUGGCGGAUGCACAAGUCAUCAGAUGGCCAGCGGAGAAGGGUUCAGAUCUGCAUGGGCCUCCUUCGUCCAUACAAGGUUACCAUCGUCAAUCCCUUCAAUGCCCUCAUCGAAUCGUGCAUAUCUGCACACAGAUCAUCUGAGAUCUUGCUUUCUGUGAUAAAAAAGGUUCUUCUUCUGGACGAGAUAACAGUAGAUCUGGACGUGCUGGCGAGGUCUAAUCUCUUGAAAUUUCUCAAGAAGGAAUGCGAAGUGCGAGGAGCAACAAUUAUUUAUGCAACCCAUAUUUUUGAUGGGCUCGAUGACUGGCCAUCACAUAUAGUAUGUUUAACGGGAACCUUGCGCCUGAUCCGUAGCCAUAUGAAUAUCUUCCAUCAUCAUCAUCAUCUGAUUCUGGCCAAUUGCAGGUUUAUCUUGCCCAUGGAAAGCUGCAAUUGGCGUUGCCCAUGGAGAAGGUGAAGGAGAUGAGCAACUUGUCACUAAUGGUUAGUCUCCACCGAUCUUCUUGAAAUCAGUGAAGAGGAUCCUGAUUUGAACCUGGGAAUAAUCUUUCAUCAGCUAUUUUGAUUGAAGCAAAAAGAAUUAGGAAAACCAGAGAUACUGCUUGUGACACGGAUGAACAGAUUACAACCGUGCCAAUGAAUCUAUACUUUUUUAUUUUUUUUAUCUUCAGAACCUUAAAUAGAUGAAAGCCGGUGUGUGAUCGUUUGUGUGAUCUUCCUGAUUAUUUUUCUUAAUUUUCUUGGGCACUCUGGAAGAUUUUUCCAGUGUCAAUUUUGUUCUACUUCUAGAUCACUAUCUUCCUUUCUUCUUCUUCUUCUUUCUUUUGCUGAUGCGGCAUCCCUCUGGUGGAUCGAUAACAGAGGACAGUGGAGAGCUGGUUGAGGAAAGAGCGAGAGGAAGAUAAAAAGAGAAGAAAAGAGAGGGAGGAGAAGGGCCUCCCAAAGCAUGACAGGCCAGUGGAUGGGACCCGCUUGGUCGGAGACCCAGCUCGAGCCGCUGCUCGAGUGAUGAACAACGGCUGGGCCGGCGGGAGGCUCCACUCCACCCUGGCGGGUGAGGAGAACUUCUUCUUCAGCUCGAACACCGUCUUGAGGCAGUGA